AUGGCAGAAGGUGAAGAUAUCCAGCCUCUUGUCUGUGACAACGGAACUGGCAUGGUCAAGGCUGGAUUUGCUGGAGAUGAUGCCCCGAGGGCUGUAUUCCCCAGCAUUGUAGGUCGGCCUCGUCACACUGGUGUGAUGGUAGGGAUGGGUCAGAAAGAUGCAUAUGUAGGUGAUGAAGCUCAAUCAAAAAGAGGUAUCUUGACAUUGAAAUAUCCAAUUGAACAUGGAAUCGUCAACAAUUGGGAUGACAUGGAGAAGAUUUGGCACCACACUUUCUACAAUGAGCUCCGUGUGGCACCUGAAGAACAUCCUAUUCUUCUCACUGAAGCCCCACUGAAUCCCAAGGCUAAUCGCGAGAAGAUGACUCAGAUCAUGUUUGAGACCUUCAAUGCUCCGGCCAUGUAUGUGGCCAUUCAGGCUGUUCUUUCUCUCUAUGCCAGUGGUCGAACAACAGGCAUUGUGCUGGACUCGGGUGAUGGUGUGAGCCACACCGUGCCCAUCUAUGAGGGCUAUGCCCUUCCCCAUGCCAUUCUCCGCCUUGACCUUGCCGGCCGCGACCUCACCGACGCACUCAUGAAGAUCCUGACGGAGCGCGGCUACUCCUUCACCACCACUGCUGAGCGUGAAAUUGUGCGUGACAUCAAGGAGAAGCUCGCCUUUAUUGCCCUUGACUUCCAGCAAGAGCUGGAGACUGCCAAGACCAGCUCCUCCAUAGAGAAGAACUACGAGCUGCCCGAUGGCCAGGUCAUUACCAUUGGCUCUGAGCGCUUCCGGUGCCCGGAGGUGCUUUUCCAACCGUCAAUGAUAGGCAUGGAAGCUGCCGGCAUCCACGAGACCACCUACAAUUCAAUCAUGAAGUGCGAUGUGGACAUAAGGAAGGAUUUGUAUGGAAAUAUUGUGCUCAGUGGCGGGACGACCAUGUUCACUGGAAUCGCUGAUAGGAUGAGCAAGGAGAUCACGGCGUUGGCACCGAGCAGCAUGAAGAUUAAGGUGGUGGCGCCGCCGGAGAGGAAGUACAGUGUGUGGAUUGGAGGCUCCAUCUUAGCUUCCCUCAGUACCUUCCAACAGAUGUGGAUCGCCAAGGCAGAGUAUGAUGAGUCUGGCCCAUCCAUUGUGCACAGGAAGUGUUUCUAG